AUGCAUGGCACGCUAAACCUUUACCUCUCCCCCGCAUUCAAUUAUACCUGGCGUCAGGCCUCGACUCUCAUUGCAUAUUCGCAAGGCCUUGCAACUCAUCAAGCGCACCGAAUCCGCGACUGGAUUCAUCUCUAUCUAGCCACAGGAAAACUUCCUGUGCAUAUCAUUGGUGUGAACGAUAAUGAUUCGCUGCUCGACGAUGAAGACUUUGCGCUAGCCAUCAAGUUUCAUCUCCAAACUGUUUGCGCGAAGAACAAGCACUUCCGUGCUCAAGAUCUGGUUGACUUCGUGGCGUCGCCAGACAUGCAGGAAAGACUCGAAGCUGCCAACAUUCAAAAGCGCUCGAUCACUGUUCGAACAGCAUGUCGGUGGCUCAAACGGAUGGAUUGGUGGUUUGGGGUGAGGAAAAAUGGGAUGUAUGUGGACGGCCAUGAACGAGAGGAUGUAGUGGCUUAUCGGAAAGCGUUUGUCAAGCGCUGGAUGGAGGGAUAUGAGCCCCGAAUGGUCACCUAUGACAAUGAUGGUAACGAGGCGAAGCGACCCGAUGGUGACACCUUCAAGCUCCCAGAAAGGUACCUUGGCCAACGCUUCCAGCUCAUCCCUGUGACCCAUGACGAAUCGACAUUCUACAAGAAUGACCGAAUGACCGUCGCAAGUCUGGCUGGAUUCAUGCAUCUGUGA